GCAGAACCAGCAGAUCCCCACGUACGCCGCCCCGCAGCCACAGCACCAACCUCCGCCGCCGGCGAAACCAGGAAUGUCGCUCUGGGUCUGGGGCAUCGGGCUCGGCGCCGCCGCCUUCUUCGGCCGCGCGGGUCUCGUCGCACUGCGACGAUCGGGCGGAGGCGCAGGCGCGCUGGGCCGCGGCUUCUACAAGGGCGGGUUCGAGCCCAAGAUGACGCGGAAGGAGGCAGCCCUCAUCCUGGAGAUGCCCGAACGCGGCGUCACCAAGGAGCUCCUGCGCAAGAAGCACCGCCAGCUCAUGCUGCUGAACCACCCCGAUCGCGGCGGGAGCCCCUAUCUCGCGACCAAAGUCAACGAGGCCAAGGAGAUGCUCGAGAAGGAGAUAAAGUAAAGCAGGAAGCCGUGGAGUGGCGAGCGUACAUAUCCGCCGACGUGUAUCAAGACCUGUACUGUACUAUACUACUUUUGCAUAGCUGUGCUGCGGAUGCAUUCAGCAAGGCGUUGUUUGGCUUUGGAGGGAGGGCGUUGGAGAGUGUGGGACGUCCAUCACCACUUACUUGGCUUGGGUGGCCUGAGCUAUCAAAUACAACGAAUUCGUCAUGUGCUAGAGAAUAGACUGCCCGAGGCCGGCCAAGACGGCCCUUUGGAACCUCG